UUGAAAGCGGGAACGGUCGAGGAAGGAAGAUCGACGAUGUUGUUGGCGAAGAAACGAAGAUGAAAUGUCGGAGGCGCGCGCAGCUUCUUUCACUUCUAAAAACUGGCACCACGUUCCAUUCUUAUGUCAGAAGGUCUCCGAGACAAGGCAAUAGCCGGCUGGCCAUCGGGUUCCUCCGUUCGACUCGUUUACUACGCGCGUCCGCCACCGUGCCACCGACGUUUCCAGUGUAUUUUUUCACCGAGGUAGACCCUUUCUGCUCGCCCGAUGUGAUCGACGAAUCAAACGGAAUCGACGUUUUUUUUCGGUCGAGGGCACUUCGCUCGAAGGAGGUCGAUCCUCCAGGGGGGGACCAUUUAUCCGGGCCAUUCUCCCACCGAGCCGCACGCUCACAGGAUCCUUACAAGCUUUUCGGCGAGUGUCGUGCCAUUAAAUAACGCGUAUUUGGAGAUCAUAGUCGAGCAACCAUGCCACGUACAUUUUGACAGUCUACGAUUCGACGUUUUCGUUCGUAACAGGAACGUUCCGUAAAUAAUCGCAUUGGACCAAGAAAGUAACUCAAUGUCCAGUGUGGACGGGAAGGACGAUGACAGGAUGCCGUGUUUGGGGGACAGUUCUAUUUAUCCUGAACAUUUCAAGUUCUAUCGCGAACGCGAGUGUAGCAGGAGAGCGUACCUUGACGAGCGGUGAGACGAGACGAUAUUUCGAGACGGAGAGUUUUCUGUAUUCGUGGACAGGACCGAAUGCUCUGGCAAGAUCGGCCUUGGUGGAACGUCAGGAGAGAUUGCAGUACAAUUGCGAAGAAAUUCUCGGUGACGAAUCACAGAACGAAAUCUCGGACCCGGAAUCCUUUAGAAACAUCCUCGUGGACGAACAGCACGAGCUACUCUACUGUUACGUUCCCAAGGUUGCUUGCACGAACUGGAAACGUGUUCUGAUGGUAGCCACUGGAAAGUGGCCAAGUAGCGAUCCGUUGGACAUACCAGCCGACCAAGCUCACUCCCCAGGCACGUUUCAAAGGCUGAGCAACUAUUCCUUGCCCGAGAUCGAACGAAUGCUGGCGACUUACGACAAACUGAUCGUCGUCAGACAUCCUUUGGAAAGGCUGUUGUCGGCGUACAGGAAUAAGUUGGAGGCGAAACACAAGAAGAGCUCGAUGUACUUUCAGGCUCGCUUUGGGAAGAAGAUCAUCAAGAGAUAUAGACGCAACGCGACGGAAGAGUCGUUGAAAAAUGGCGAUGACGUUACGUUCAGGGAAUUCGUCGAGUUCAUCACGGACGACACGUUCAACAGAACACAGAACGAGCACUGGAAACCAAUAUACCAGUUGUGUCAACCGUGUUUAGUUAACUACAAUCUCGUCAGCAAAUACGAAAGUUUGGUCGAGGAUGCCACGGAGGUUUUGGAGCGGAUGGGCGUUGACUCGGUCGCCUUUCCAGCCAAGCCGCCGAACAGCGAGCCAACCGCGAGCAAACUGGAAAAGUAUUAUUCCACUCUUACGUACAAACAGCUUCGAAAAUUAGCAAACUUGUACAAACUCGACUUGAGGCUGUUCGGCUAUUCGCUGGAGGACGUACUCGGAUUUUCAUUGGCGUGAUAAAAAAACACAGAAUCGCUAGAAUCGUCGUGUACAUUAAAUAGAGUUAAGCAUCCACGUAAUUCCCCUUUACCUCUCCAUUGUACUUAUAGCUAGUUAAUCAACGGGUCGAGUCAUUAAGAAAAGCGUAGAAUAAAGUAAUAAACGUUAAUCGCAAGAAACUUCGAAGCAGUCGCUAGUCUAGCAGAUACCGCGCUCCGUGGAUAAAGUCUUUUCCUUCUGUCGCUGCUUCUUUUAUUUUUAAAAUCUUUGUGCCAAAACUCCCAGAAUAGACAGAGGUCGAAAGGUCUCUGCGCGGAUCUUAUUUUUAAUUUCCGCUGGAUGACCCCUCGAGUCAUACUUUGUCAGUCUUAUUACACGCCAUAUCUACGUACCUAUACUAGCAACAUGUACAAAACAUUAUAAUCUAGCUGUAACGCGUACUGUAAGUUACCGGUCGAGUGUCGUCUUUGUAAUUAGGCUACGAAUCGAAUAAAGAAAUAUUUUAUAUAACGUUCGCGUGUGUGAUUUUAAGCAAAAUUGCUAUUCCUUUGUAAAUAAAUAACACGGUGAUGCGUUGCUCGCGAUAUUAUAGUUUACUAUUUAACCCUUCGAAUUCCGAGAAUUCUUUUUAACACGAGCUACCGACGACCAUAAACUUGCCACAAAUAAAACUUGAAUUGAAUUGUUGUGUGCCGUAGCGGCGCCAGAGGAGUGCAAAGGGUCAAUGGUAUCGAGGAACUGGCGAGUCCUAACUGCAGGCGUUAAAGUCACGGUGCCAUCGCGAAACGUUACGCAACGUCAAGUUGUCCGGUUACAUUGUCCAUGUUACACGUUAAAAUUAGACGAAGGCUUAGAAAUGAUGAAUAACAUUAGAGCCUAACUUAAGAGCAACACUAUAGCCUAAUCAAACGUUAAACUUCGCCGACCGAGUUUUGUCGACCAGAAUAGCCGGGCAUCGAUCAAAUCGAAGGACUUUUAGACGUUCGACGGAUCGAUCGAAUUUUCUAUUUACGACGAGUGCUCUCGUGGCGUUUUGGAUCGCUCGAAUAACAAUUUAAUUAUCAUCUAAAGAGUAGAAGCAUUCGAUAUUUGAAAGUUUCGAGGCUGUUACCAAGAGGUGGCAUUCGGAGGACCUUGAAUCCGCGAGCCACCCUUGCACGGACGACGAUCGCGGAUCGACACGGAGCUUUUUCCAUCGAAGCCGUAUCCGAUAUAUUCGCGGCGCUUAAUAUAACCCGAGGUGUCAGAACUCGUUGGUUUCCCACCAGUGGUGGGACCCGAGCUACCAAUCCUGGAGCAGAAGUUACAAAGGAAGGUGCAACGCGAUGUCCGCCGCUGAACUGGUGGGGGAUUUAAUCACGGUUCCUGGAGGAAUUUCGGGAUCAUUGCGGAUCCUACGUUGAGUGAUCCAGUCGAAGAUCGAGCGCAAAGUGGCGUGGUAGUUGUUCCUCCUCCGGUUCGAUCCGAAUCCGUCGUGUGAUCGUUUAAAAAAAAACCCCCGAUUGCCGGGCUUCGUUAACGAAUUCGUAGCUUCGAGACAAAGAUCGUAUCGACGGCGACCGAUAUUACUCCUGUCGUGAAUCACCCAGUGAACACUGAAAAAUGCCACAGCCGGCCCACGAAACGAAGAACAUCCUUAUCACGUACUUCAUACUCAUACUUCUGCUGAUUUGCCUUUGGUUAUUGUAUGCGGGACUGUUUUAACUUCAGAAUACAUUCCUCCUCCUCCCCCCCCGGGGGCAUGGUGAGUUUACGAUUCGAUACUGUUUCGCUCGUGGACGAUCGUCAACCCUUGAGUUAGCUGGACAUUGGAGUGCAGAUGAAGCUAGACAACGCAGGACACCGUUAACCCAUUUCCUUGUCUAGUUUACACGUACUGACAAUUCGCAAAGGGUAAAUGCGAAAUAAUUGCACAUUGCAACAAGUCAACCGUUCGCAUUGUUUACACAAAAUUCUGUGGUUCGCUGUGUCAUUAUGCCUGUCAUCUGUGCUUCGAUGUGCAGCCAGUUUUAACGGUUGCGUCUUAUCGUCGCGAUCGUUGAAAUCUCCGCGACAAAAGCAAUUUCUGUGAUACGAUAUCGUCGUAAAACACAGUCACUGUUGUUGAUUUCAGGAGUGAAGCGAGGGGCAGGAAAGCAACACGCCAUCAGCCUGUUAUCUUUGAUCGAUCUACGAUCACUCGGGGCCAUACCACGUAUCGGUACUUUCUUUCAUGGAUUUAACGUUCUCCGCGUCACUUUCCACGCGUUUCCAUCGAAAAGAUCGAAAAUGAACGAAACGAGCGCGCUUCGUUCGAGUUUCCACGUUCCCGAUGAUCUUCGAACUCGUUCGCGCUCCUCCCGUGCAAUUUUCUAUAUUCCGCGGCCACGGUAAUCGGAAGGAACAGCUUCGUUUCGAACGGAAUCGGUAAAGAGAAUGCGAUUCUAUCGGAAAAUGGGGGCGAAACAUUGAACGAGCGAACGCACGACGAUCAAAGAGAAGCAGAAACAUUUCGUGAAUGUUGCGCUACGCCUGCAUCGAGCGAACGUUUCGCGCGUGUGCGUAAACAUAGAGAAAAUGCGUUCGUCCCGGUGUAAUUUAAAGCCUGCGGUUAAAAAGAAACGGAGACACCGACUUCGCCCGCGGAUAGAAAACAUUUCGAGUACAUGGACGAUGCGUAAGAAACACGUGGGCGGGUUUGGUCGAAAAUAGCCGGUGCUUCCAGCUCUUUUCAACGGUGUACAGCCGUACAGUCGACGUACAGAGAACUAAAUCGGUAUUUUCGAUAGCACUCCCGAAAAUAGACGUUAUGGGCAUCGUCUUUCCAUCCGAAUAUAUAUCGCUUCGUUAAACCAUAAAAUCAAGAUCGACGGAUCCUACCGAUCGUUGCGUAACCACCCGCUGAUAUUUAUCCACGAUCGGAUUACCAAUUUAUUCGAUUUCGUACAUCUCGAAAAACCUUUUUACUUAUAAAUAGAAUACCGCGGAGAAUACGUUCAUCGACCGCUUUCGACGUAUCGCGACUGUUUCCUGUUAUUCGGAUACGUGUGUGCGAUAAACGCUCGAUUUUCUAUCCUUUUAUCCGCAGACCUCGUUCGACGCGUUUCGUGUCGCACGGGGCGUGCACGCCGCUUGGAAUUUUCAUUGUGAAACGAACAGGUUUUCUAAAAUUUGUUGUCAAAUCAUUUGAAUAACCGAAUGUCAAUUUACGCCGGUCUGUCUCUAGAAAUCGGAAGUUUUCGAUCGAUCGAAACGUUUCCCCGUCGCGGGGACGACUCUUCCGCGGAGUAACUUCAAAGAGGAAACCGACGGUGGUAAAUAUUUUUACCAUCGUGGAUAUAAACGCCCCCGCGGUGUUCCAGUAAUCGCUCGAAAUAGAUCUAAUUGCUCCAGAUUCUUGCUGUUCCCGUGUAUGCCAAAGGUGUUACACAAUAGAUCGGCCGAACUUGUGUAACGAGUCGCGUAGAUCGAAUUAUCGGCUUCGAAAGAAUCGCUGACCCGUGCGAUGUAAAAGAACGCGUUUAAAAAAAAACACGAAGAAAGAGAAAGGCGAAACGUUCAAUUUGUCCGUAAUAGCGAUACACGGGGUUUUA